AUGAACCUCCAAGUAGAACCACCGGAGAAGAAGAAGAGGAAGAGAAAGACGAAGACAAAGACAUCCUCACCUUCACCUCCGUCUUCGUAUGCGUCGUUUUCCUCACUUCCAGACGAAAUCGCCGUGAAUUGCUUAGCCCGGAUCUCGAGGUCGUAUUACCCAGCACUCUCAAUCGUUUCCAAAAGCUUUCGGUCACUUGUCUCUUCCACUGAUCUCUACGCAGAACGAUCUCAUCUCGGAAGCACGGAGAAGUGUGUCUAUGUCAGUGUAUUGGAUUACAGUAGUCUUCUUCCCCAGUGGUUUAGACUUUGGAUAAACCCUAAUCGAACCCUACCCAACUCCAUGAUCAAGAAGAAGAAGAAGAAAAAGGCAAUCGGACAGCUGUUUGUUCCGAUUCCGACUACUAAUCUUCCUUAUCUGUCAAUCGCCGAACCGGUAGUUGUUGGUUCAGAACUUUAUGUAAUCGGCGGACCACUCAACCACGAACCGUCCUCGGCCGUGCAGGUGCUCGACUGUCGCAGUGACACUUGGCGUGAAGCCCUCAGCAUGAAUGUAGCCCGGGAAUAUGCUUGGACAUGUCUCUAUGAUGGGAAAAUCUAUGUUUUUGGAGGAGUGGAUGAGGAGGACGAACCAUUUGGUGAGGUGUUCGACACAAAGACUCAGACUUGGGAACGCCUCCCUGAUCCGGGUACCAAGGUACGUAAGUGUAAAGUUUGGAAAAUCAGAGAGGACGAAGGAAAUAUUUACAUUACUAGUAGAAACAACUGUACGUAUGCUUACGACACAAAGCAAUGUAAAUGGGAAUGCGAAUGCGAUAAAGACUUGGUUGCAAAGGUUUCCAAGCUUCCGAGUCCAGAAUAUGUGAGGGUGUUCUCUAGUAACAAGAACUUGAGGUGUAGUGUGUAUGAUGUUGAGGAUGGUGACUGGAAAGAUGUGAAAGGGUUAGAGUCACUAAAAGAUAAGUACAGGAGGAAUGCUGGCUCAAAGAGUCAUAUCGCUGAAGUAGUUAAAUGUGGUGGGAAACUAUUUGUCAUGUGGGAAGGGGUUACGAGGGAAAAUUCCGAUAAUAGGAAGAUUUGGUGCGCGGAGAUAGAGCUCCAAAAGCGUGAUGGAGUUGAGAUUUGGGGAAACGUUGAGUGGGUUGAUGUUGUGCUUACCGUCCCCCAAAAAUGUGAGAUCUUGUACUGUCACGCUGUAUUGGUUUGA